AUGCCAUUUCAACUUGGCAGAGAGACCACCAGGGAUGUGCUCACACAAAGGAGCGACACUGCAAAGAGGCAGCCAGAUGGCAAGCCAUUAGCACACCCAACAGAAAGAUCUCAGAUUGUCCAAUUUAUUGUUACAUUGGUUCAGAAUAACCAACUUGUGAGUUUAAAACGCAAAAGGCCUCUACUUCUGAACACUAAUGGAGCCCAGAAGAAGAAUUUAUUUCAGCACAUAGUCAAAGAACCAGCUGAUAAUCAUCAUCAUAAAGUUCCACACAGUAGGACUGAAGGUUUAAAGCCAAGAGAGCGGAUUUCAGAUGACAUUAUUAUUUAUGAUGUUACUGAUGAUAAUGCGGAUGAAGAAAAUAUCCCAGUUAUUCCAGAAACUAAUGAGGAUGUUAUAUCUGAUCCCUCCAACUGUAGCCAGUACCCUGAUAUUGUCAUUGUUGAAGAUGACAAUGAAGAUGAGUAUGCACCUGUCAUUCAGAGUGGAGAUCUGAGUGAACCAGCCAGAGAAUCCCUAAGUUCAGRCAGUGAUGGCAUCAACCCUCUCAUGUCUAGUGCUGUCCAGCUAAAUGGUUCAUCCAGUCUGACCACAGAAGAUCCUGUGACCAUGAUGGAUUCCAUUUUGAAUGAUAACAUCAAUCUUUUAGGAAAGGUUGAACUGUUGGAUUAUCUUGACAGUAUUGAUUGCAGUUUAGAGGACUUCCAAGCUAUGCUGUCAGGAAGACAGUUUAGCAUAGACCCAGAUCUCCUGGUUGAUCUUUUCACUAGUUCUGUGCAGAUGAAUCCCACAGAUUACAUCAAUAAUACAAAAUCUGAGAAUAAAGGAUUAGAAGCUACCAAGAACAAUGUAGUUCAACCAGUUUCAGAAGAAGGAAGAAAAUCUAAGUCUAAACCAGAUAAGCAGCUUAUCCAGUACACUGCCUUUCCACUUCUUGCAUUCCUCGAUGGGAAUCCUGCUUCUGCUGUUGAACAGGGGAGUACAACAGCAUCAUCAGAAGUUAUGUCCUCUGUAGAUAAACCCAUAGAAGUUGAUGAGCUUUUGGAUAGCAGCCUGGACCCAGAACCAACCCAAAGUAAGCUUGUUCGCCUGGAGCCAUUGACUGAAGCUGAAGCUAGUGAAGCUACACUGUUUUAUUUAUGUGAACUUGCUCCUGCACCUCUAGAUAGUGACAUGCCACUUUUAGAUAGCUAAAUCCCUAAGAAGUGGACUCAACAUGUAUAUAUUCAUCAAAAUGAUGAACUAUUUAUUUUAAAGUAUCAUUUGGUACUUUUCUUUUGUAAAUUGCUUUGUUUUGUUUAAUCAGAUACUGUGGAAUAAAAGCACCUUUUGCUUUUCUCACUAACCAUACACUCUUGCAAAGCUUUGAAAUGUUACUCAGCUGCCUAGAUAUACACAAAAUUCAGUGCACAUUAUUGGCAUAUCUUUAAAUUGGAUUCAGAUGGCCAUUUUUCUCCAGUUGUAAUUUGGAUUUCAUUUUACAGGAUAUAACCAUUAGCAACAGUUAUUUUUGUUUUGCUUGUUUGAUGGUGUCUGUUUGAGUGUAAGUCACUAGAACUAAUGAUAGAACUUCUAAAGCUUUCUCUGUUCCAAUUAUUUUUAUUAAGUAUUUUUCACUUGGCUUAUUUUUAAAACUGGGAACAUAAAGUGCCUGUAUCUUGUAAAACUUCAUUUGUCUCUCUUGGUUCGAAGAAGUACAUUUAUGUUUGGAGUUCAUUCAUGUUCAACAGGAAGUGCAAAGUGUACACAAAUACUCAUUUUUAUGGCUCCAGCUCCAUAUACAUAGAAAGAAUGUGGGGAUGAGUUGGGAGUCUCAUCCACUUAGUUGGACUAGUUUUAAGUAAAAGUUUUCUGGUUUUGUGUUUUUUUGAAUCAUACUAUUUAGUAAAAUAAAUAAUAAUGAAUGUUGAGUA